AUGAUGCCCGGUCGUGACAAAUCUUAUGAUACGAUUAGAGUAAAACAAGAUAUUGAAGAAGUGACUUUCAAAGCCAUAUUUAGUACGAGUUAUAUUGUUGACAACGAAAAUCAACCAUCAAUCAUAGAGGACCUUGAUGUGAUAACAAAUAAAUUGAACAAAAAGUUAAAUCCAAACGCCAUUCGUUUUGUCAAUGGAUUUUUUCGAAAUAAUGUAGAAUCCAAAAAAAUUCGAUGUGAUAAUCCAUUAAAUGGAAAUAUUCUUCAAUUAGAUAUUGUUCCUCUGUAUGCAGAUGAAUGUAUUGCACAAGAUGAUGAGACUUGCGAAAAUCAAUUGAAAGAACAAUUAAAAAUUAUAUUCGAUCAAAUGAUGAUUAUUCCUAUGAAGAUUCAACUGGAAAAUAAUCAAUUUGAAAAUAUUGAUAUGAAAAUAUGCAAUAUUUUGGAUAUAAAUGGUAAAAAAGAGAAAACAUUGAAAACAACACCGAGAAAGAUGAAGAAAACAAAAGCAUCAGUAUCGAUUGCACCCAAAGGAAUGAGACUAUUGGCUUCUAAUCGACAUAUUCCAUAUACUCCAAUACAGAAAGCCAGAUGUGACUUACGUCUCAAUAAAAUUGCACUCGUUCAGGUAGAUGGCGAUUAUGGAACUAAUAUACACGAUGACAUAAGAACGUAUACUAGUGGUCAAUCUCAUCAAUCGUCUACUAUUACACUUUAUGAAGAAACAACCCAUAAUCUACAUGUUCAACUUAAAUGUGGUGAAGACUCUACUGACGAUCCAUGCAGUGAUUCCUUAAGUGUACAUAUGUGGGUUGAUUAUAAUGACAAUCAAGUUGACGAUGGUGAAAGCCACACUCUUCAUCGCUCGUGGCCAGAUAAUGGUGCAUCUACUGGUACAUAUGAUUUACAGAUCUAUGUUCCAACUAUUGAUGAUAGAAGUAUAAAAGCUGGUCCGCACACUAUGCGUAUUACUGUGAUGCCAAGCGAGCAAUACCAACGGGAUUGUGGCACAUUGGAUUAUCGGGAGACGAGAGAUUAUACUUUCAAUAUAAUCCAGAAAGUGAACUAUGAAGUAAUAACAACAACGCCAUAUGUCAAUGUGAGUGCAGUCUGUUCGGUACCAUUAGGUAGGAUUAUUCUCGUUAUAAUGGCUGGUGAAGUUGGCAGCGAGAUACGAGAUGAUAAAGUAUAUGAUGCAUCAACAAAUACUAAUCAAAACCAACACCAUAUGACCGUGACACUUUAUGAAAAUACUAUAUAUUUACUCCGUAUUCAGUUGGAUUGUUCAACUCAAAUGAGAACUGAAUUAACAGAUACAGGCUGUAAUCUAGCUCAAGAUGUCGAUGUUUGGGUAGAUUGGAACGAUGAUGGCAAUUUUGAUGCAAGUGAAAUUGAAGCACCAUAUUUGUUACCAGUUACAAGUUACUUACCUCAAGGUGUGUACGAUAUUCAAUUGAAUAUCCCAUUGAUUGAUGAACGAUAUAUAGCAAAUAGACCACAUCGAAUGCGUAUUGUAGUUGCACCAAGUGAAAAUUAUCGAAGAACGUGUAAUAGUUAUCAAGAAUAUUCUGAACUGAGAGAAUACAAUGUGAAUAUUAUUUCGCGAAAAUCGUAUUUACCUGCACCUGAUAUGAUAAAUCCUUAUUUGGCACCAGAGAAUAUUACGUGCACACCACAAGUUGGUAAAAUCAUUUUUGCUAGAAUGCCUGGAGAACAUCGAACUCAAAUACGCGAUGACUUUUUAGCAAGAGCAUUAUUGGACAACAAUAAACAUGGUCAACAUCUUUCCGUUGUUCUACGUGAAGGUAACACCUAUUUGUUUAGAUUACAAUUCGAAUGCGAAGAUAAACUCAACAGAGAUUCCUCGGAUAAGAACUGUAACUUACCUCAUGAUAUCAAUGUAUGGAUUGACCUUAACGAUGAUGGAGAUUUCACUGACUUAGAACGUGCAACUCCUUACCGCUGGCCUCUAACAAGCUAUUUACCACAGGGAGUCUAUGAUCUUCAAAUACGUGUACCUCUUAUCGAUGGUAGACAAAUAAAAAGUGGACCUCAUCGUAUGCAACUUGUUAUUGCUUUAAAUAAACAUUAUCGAAGAAAAUGUGCUUAUCCAAAUUAUUAUGAGCUCCGCAAUUAUACAGUUAUAGUCGUAUCGAACACAAUUAAAUCAGUCGAUAUUGAAGGCCCUUAUUUGAAAUUAAGUGAUGCUGUUUGUACUCAAAUCAAUGCUCGAAUAGUUCUUAUUAUUAUGGCUGGUGAACAAGGUACUGAGAUCAGAGAUGAUACACUUAAUAAUACUAUCAUUAGUGAAUAUCAAAAUCGCCACCAUAUGGCGGUAAGCGUCUAUGAAAAUACGACUUAUCGUAUUCGAAUUCAAUUAGACUGCGAUCCAGCUUCAAGCAGAGGUUCACUUAACAGUUAUUGUAACCUUGCUCAAGAUGUUGAUGUUUUGAUUGAUUUAAAUGAUGAUGGGCGCUAUGAUCAAUCCGAGAGCUUUAUUCCACAUCGAUGGCCACUUCGUAGCUCAAUUCCUUUGGGUUUGUACGACCAUGAAUUACCUAUUCCGGCUUCGACUGAUCUACGUAGAAGAACUGGUACGCAUCACAUGCGUAUCGUUGUAAAACCGAGUGAAGAGUACAACGCGAAAUGCGGUCAUACCGGCUCUGUAGAAAUUCGUGAUUAUACUCUACAAAUCAUACCAAGACAAGCUUAUUAA